CAGGAACACCUGGCGAGGCGCAGCCGGGCCGGCUCAGCCCCGCGGGCGGGUCGGCGCAGGGCUCGGCCCCGUGCCCGCUCAUCCCCCGCUCAUCCCCCGCUCCCCGCGCUGUUUCCGGGAGCCGCGGGCAGGUGAGGAGGCGGCGGCGGAGCGAAGGGGCCGCUAUGAGGCUGCUGCUGCUCGCGUGUCUGCGGGCGCAGACCGGCAACGCCACCACCGCCGCCAGGAUACAGAGUCAUCUACAUGCUGCAGGUCAUAUCUGUGUUCUCAAAGAUGCUUUCCUGUAUGAAAGUCCAGUUGAAAUUGCUGAUCUCACCUCCACAGACAAGUUUGAUGCAGCCCUGGCCAUUCAUCUUUAUAAAGGAGGCAGACUUCUGCAAGGGAGCAGAAUUCCUUUUGGAAUCAUCUUUGGUGGGACAGAUGUAAAUGAAGACGUCAAAAGUGAAGAGAAACAUCGGGUAAUGGGAGCAGUGCUGGAGGAAGCCAGGUUUGCAGUGGCUUUCACAGUGGAAAUGAAGGAACUGGCAGCAGCAGAGUGGCCAGAGGCGAGGAAGAAAAUAUAUGUCCAAACUCAAGGAAUUAAGACAACCCCCAGUGAAACAUUUGACUGGUACAGAUUUCUAGAACGUGCAGACAUUCCUGCAGAUACAGACCGUUUACAUCUGUUUCUUUUGGUAUGUGGGCUUCGAAGAGUAAAAGACCCUCUCUAUUUAGUAGAAGUUUUUUCUGAUUGGCACAGAAAGGAUCCCAGUGUCCAUCUGGGCAUUAUUGGACCUGCAGUGGAUCCGCUUUUCACAAGGGAAGUUAAGGAAAAAGUGAAAAGGGCACCCGGAGUCCAUUUGUUACAGGAGCUGCCACAGGAUGAUCUCCACGCUGCUGUGAAAAGGUGCUUUGCCCUGGUGAACAGCUCCACUUCAGAAGGGAUGUCUGCUGCAAUUCUGGAGGCAAUGGAUUUAGACGUUCCAGUGCUGGCAAGGAACAUUCCAGGGAAUGCAGCAAUAAUAAAACAUAAGGAAACAGGCCUGCUGUUUUCAAAUCCCCAGGAGUUUGUUGUGCUGUCCAAGAGUUUGAUGAAUGACCCCAUUAUGGAAAAAGAAAUUAUAAUGAGGGCCAAAGACUACGUGAAGAAACAUCAUUCCUGGGAAAGUGAAAGGAAAACCUACCAGAAUCUUGUCCUGAGGCUCCAGUGAAUUGCAAGAGUCCAGCUGAUAGGCAGCAGUCUAUGUAGAGCACUUUAAUGAUGGAUCUGUAAUUAGGUUUGGGUUUCUCUUGGGUUCUUGUUAGAAGAGAUAGUAAGACAUGCAUUAUUAUUCUAUUCAAACAUACCAAGAUCACAGGAGUUGCUGCUACUUCAAACUCUCAAACGUGUCUGACUGAGCACACUGUCCCUGGUGUGCCAACACAGCACAGACCAGGAGCAUUUUGUAAGCUCAUUAGGAGAAGUACACUCCUUGAGCAGAUGCCAAAUUUUUGUUGUUGUGAGGCCUCGAAGGGAGGCUGAUUUGUGCACAGAGAGGAGCACUCACCACACAGAGCUCACGGGGAGGGUUCUGAUCCUGCUGCAUCCCGACCAAACGGCAGCAGCAGUUUGCUUUCCAGUUAUACCAGGCUAUUCAGGUACACUUCACACACUACAUACAUGUUCAUAAAGCCAAGAUUAUAUGAACAGAGUCUUAAAUUAUCAAGAUGAAAACUUUAUUCAGAUCAACACCUCUGUUGACUGCACGGUGAUCAGGGGACCAAAAAGCAACCAGAGAGUUGUUGCUUGGGGAAGGUGAGGAGUACAGGGCAUGUUUUCUGAGUACCUGUGUGGCUUUCAGAUCAGCUGAUGUGGCCAAACAGUCCUGUGCCUGCAUUUUCCCUGGGUUCCUGGGACCAGAGCAGGGAGGUUGGCACAGCACCUCCUGUUCCAGAUCUCCAGUGCUCCCACAGCAGCGAGAGGAGCUCGCAGACAGAGAUGCUUUGUUACAUAAACUACCUCUUAGUUUGCCAGUUCCUUUGGUACCUCUGUGAUUUACUUAUUUACUAAAAGAUUUAUGAGAGCUAUAAAAAGGGAUGAAGAAGGGGGCGAAAGGUAUUUUCAAUUUACUGUGUCUUUUGGUAGUGUUUGUUUACAUUUGUGGCUUUUCAGGAUAUAUUGUAAUAUGCUGCAGCAGACUGUUUUAAAGUGAGACUUAUCUCUGCUUAAAGUCCAUCCUAAUCAUCCCUGCCAGCCCAGUGAUUAUGGACAUAUCUUUGAAUACAUAAUUGGUCAUCAAAGGACUUACAUCUAGACCUUCCUUGUUAUUAGGAAACUGUUUGCUUUGUAUAGGCUCGAUCCUGCCCCCAGGGAGAGCCAGGGAAAUGUUUUCUAUUGAUUUGAGUGGCUGUUGUGUCAGACUUUUCUUUGUAAUAAUGACGUUCACUGUGUAUUUUAAAUCUGUCCUCUUUAUUUUUGAUGUUUUGCAACAGUGUGGUGCAGUAAACAAGAAACUAAUUUGAA